AUUGUUAUUAUUAAUCUAAUUUAUGUGGAUGCAGUAACAGGGGCUUUCGUUCUCUCUCUCUCUCUCUCUGCCUUCCUUCAUCACGAUCUAUCGCCUCUGAGCUUCGUUUUGCUCUUUCUAUCGCGUGUUUGUUUCACUGUAUAUGUAUUUGAACAUGUAUACAACGGAUUGAGCAUUUUCCACUGUAUUUGCGUUUUUUUUUUUUUUUUUCUUUUGUUGUUUUCGGUGAUUUCUGUUUCUUUGUCUGAGUGUUGAGAGUGAACCCGAGCUCCUAAGCUCGGGGAUCCGGAUCAUGGCGACGGAGAAAGAGCUCAACAACUGGACUGAUGUGGAGGUCGACUACAGCUCUCGCUACUUGCAGAAGUUCCGACUUUAUGAGACUCGCUCGAACUUUUAUAUGGUAGGAAGAGACAAGAGCAGAACAAUCUGGAGGGUGCUAAAGAUUGACAGAUUGGACCCUUCUGAGAUAGACAUUCUUGAAGACUGUACAACAUACUCAGAAAUUGAAUGCUAUGACCUGCUAAGGAGGAUUCAUGAAGGAAACCAGUGUACGGGUGGACUUAAAUUUGUCACCACUUGUUAUGGAAUCGUUGGGUUCAUCAAAUUUCUAGGACCUUUUUACAUGCUGCUUAUCACGAAAAGAAGCAAGAUUGGUGCAAUUUGUGGGCACACAAUUUAUGCCAUUGCCAACAGCAGGAUGAUUCCAAUUCCAAAUUCUACCGUGCUGUCCCAAAUGGCUUAUUCUAAGAAUGAGAACAGAUACAAGAAGCUCCUAGGCACAGUGGAUCUUACGAAGGACUUCUUUUUCAGUUACUCAUAUCAUGUCAUGCAUAGUCUUCAAAAGAACUUGUGUGAUAAUAAGACAGGCGAAUCCCCUUAUGAAUCAAUGUUUGUUUGGAAUGAGUUCUUAACUCGUGGAAUUCGUCAUAGCCUCAAGAACACACUAUGGACGGUCGCCUUAGUGUAUGGCUUCUUUAAACAGGUCAAACUUUCUGUAUCUGGCAGGUAUUUGAACGUGACCCUAAUUGCUAGACGCUCACGUCAUUAUGCUGGCACCAGAUAUUUAAAACGAGGUGUCAACGAGAAGGGUAGAGUAGCUAAUGAUGUUGAGACAGAGCAGAUUGUUUUUGAAGAUUCUCUUGAAGGACACUCUUCACAAAUAAGUUCAGUUGUGCAAAAUCGAGGUUCAAUACCCCUUUUCUGGUCCCAGGAAACUUCGCGAUUGAAUAUCAAACCUGACAUUAUAUUAUCAAAGAGGGACCCUAAUUAUGUAGCUACAAGACUUCAUUUUGAAAAUCUUGCCGAAAGAUAUGGAAAUCCCAUACUUAUCUUGAACUUGAUUAAGACUCGUGAGAAGAAACCUCGAGAAACUAUUCUUCGUGCUGAGUUUGCAAAUGCUAUCAGGUUUAUUAAUAGAAGUUUAACUGUGGAAAGUCGCCUUAGGUUUCUUCAUUGGGAUAUACACAAACACUCUACAAGCAAAGAUACAAAUGUGCUGACACAACUAGGGAAAGUGGCUGCUUAUGCAUUGAAUGUAACCGGCAUCUUCUAUUGUCAAACAACACCAGAUUUAAAGCCAGAGGGUUUAUUAAAUUCUUCCUACUUGGAGAGGGAAAAUGAUGGAGGUAGCUGCUCUCUGGAGAAGUUUUCCAGUAGAAAUGACAAUUCUUAUAACUUGGGAAAUCAAGCUAAAAAUGGCAGUGGUAGUGGUGAUGCAAGUGGGGACCACCUUGUCAAAACCCCAAUAUUUCAAAGAGGAGUCCUAAGAACCAAUUGCAUUGAUUGUUUGGAUCGCACAAAUGUAGCACAAUAUGCCUACGGACUAGUUGCCCUUGGCCGUCAGCUGCAUACUUUAGGAUUUUUAGAUUCCCCAGACAUCGAUCUAGAUAACCCUCUGGCAGAGGAUUUGAUGGGAGUUUAUGAAACUAUGGGUGACACGCUUGCAUUACAAUACGGUGGUUCUGCAGCGCACAAUAAGAUAUUUUCUGAAAGGCGAGGCCAGUGGAAACCCGCAACUCAGUCGCAGGAGUUUUUUAGAACACUACAAAGGUUUUAUAAUAAUACAUGCAUGGAUCCUGAGAAACAAAACGCCAUUAAUUUGUUCCUGGGUUACUUUCAGCCCCAACCAGGUAAACCAGAGCUGUGGGAGAUGGAUUCGGACCAGCACCAGAGUGUUUGCAGAAAUACCCCUAAUUUUGUUGAUGAGAAUAUUAGAUCAUUUAUUAAAAGAUCACUAUCGGAUGGCAAUAUUCAUUGCGAAAGGGAUUCACCUGUGGUAAGCACAGAUGUUGGACACGAGGAGCCUUUGUCUGAAAAAUUGCAAGAAAGUAACACUGGUCAUUCAGAGUCGAUGCCAGAGAUCUCGAGUUGUGAAAGUGCUUUAUCCUAUUGUUGGUUUACUCCUUCAAUGUCUCGCAGGCAGCUCUUUAGAGAUAUGCUAGAGGACCAAAGCCCUGAAAGUGGUAAACUUUGUUAUGAUGACCAUGGUGAUGCAUGUACCUGCUCAAAUUUGCUUCAUGCGGACUGGCUUUCUUCAUCUGGAAAUUCUUGUGAAGAAGAAAUAUAUGAAAGGUCUAUCACCAGCCUCUCAUCAGAAAAUUUUGGGGAUGGACUGAAACUUGACACUACCACAUCUGCAAGCGAGACUAGUUCCAGCAUGAGGGAUCUUCGAAAAUGGAAACAUCAUUUCUGCACGGAGAAAUGAUAUUUGCAAUUCUAAAAUGUGAAAGGAAGCUGACUGGAACAGAGAUCACGGAUGAUGGUUUCCAUCCUGGAUUUUCUGAAAGUUUUGCGAAAUGGGUAACUCAUGGUGGAGUACUGUUACCACUAAAGUUCACCUAAAAGUCUGUCACUACAUUUAUUUUCAUCUUCGUGAAUCGUCUGAUUCAACCCGUCCGAAGGAUGUGGGUUGCCGUACAGAAUAAAUCGUGAGAUAGCAAUGAAAAGAGACUGGCAUUGGUAGCGGAUAUAUUCUUUCGACUCCACAGCAUCUUCUAGCUUCUAAACUAACGAACUUGAUUCUGUAAAUAUGAUAUGAAGAACUCUUAACUCCACUAAUUCCUCUAGGUUUUAAACUCUGAUCAGAAGGUUCUUGACCUUGUGUAAAUGCUCAUGAAUAAGGUUAGAACUUUUCCAUUAGAUCUCAAAAGCACACUGUUGGAUUAUAAUUUCUUUGUUAUUUAUUUAUUUUUAUUUUUUAUUUUU